AUGGAAGACACUAUAUUUAUCUCUCAAAGCAAGUAUGCUAAAAACAUUGUCAAGAAAUUUGGCCUUGACAAUGCAAGUCAUAAGAGAACACCAGCAGCUACUCACUUAAAGCUGUCAAAAGAUGAGAAUGAAGUUGCAGUUGAUCAAAGCAUGUACAGAAGUAUGAUUGAGAGUCUGUUAUAUCUCACUGCAAGCAGACCUGAUAUAACUUGUGCUAGAUAUCAAACAGAUCCUAAAAUAAGUCAUCUGACUCAACGGAAAAGGAUCCUGAAGUACAUCAAUGGCCCCAAUGACUAUGGAAUUUUGUAUUCACACAGUGCAAACUCUAAGUUAAUUGGAUAUUGUGAUGUUGACUGGGCUGGUAAUGCAGAUGACAGAAAGAGUACCUCUGGAGGUUGUUUCUUUCUUGGAAAUAAUCUAGUCUCUUGGUUUAGCAAGAAACAAAAUUUUGUAUCUCUAUCUACUGUUGAAGCAGAGUAUAUAGCAGCUGGUAGCAUCUGUUCUCAGUUAGUUUGGAUGAAGCAAAUGCUGGAAGAGUAUGAUGUUAAACAAGGUGUUUUGACAUUGGAUCUUGUUGAAGAAAAGAUUGUGACUCUUGAACAUGUAUCUACUGAAGAACAAUUGGCUGACAUUUUUACCAAGGCUUUGGAUGUAAAACAAUUUGAGAAGUUAUGGAGCAAGUUGGGUAUCUGCUUACAUAAGGAGUUCUAG